AGUUACAGAAGAGACAGGGACAGACGCACUCUCACAUUCUGUCCUCAGUGUCAAACAACACUGCUACGCUUAUUAAAAAACAUUAUUGUAACGUAUCUCCUUCUGGAUUACCAUUUUCAUAUUCCUUUAACAGGAAGAAAAAACAGGAAUAUUUUUCUUUUUCUCUGUCUUCUUUUGGUUUUCUCAGCCUUUUGUGCCUGAACUGCCACCAGGGAAACGGGAACGACGGAGAAGAAAGAAAGCAAAACAGAUAGACAGCGAUAGAUCAGCCUGAGAGAGACGGAUGUGUACGGAAGAUGAGUCCGGCUUUAGAAGCGCUGAUGGAGGGGUGUAGAUACCCAGGGAAAGGAGCGAUGAAGGGAGGAGUAAUGUUGGAACCGUUUGUCCAUCAAGUCGGCGGUCACUCUUGUGUACUGCGAUUUGGGGAACAGACCAUCUGUAAACCACUAAUACCUAGAGAACACCAAUUUUACAAGAGCCUGCCACCAGAGAUCCGCAAAUUCACGCCACAGUACAAAGGUGUGGUGUCGGUGAGUUUUGAGGAAGAUGAGGAGGGGAAUCUGUGUUUGAUAGCAUACCCGAUUCUCAGUGAUCCAGCUGAUUUGGAAAACAAGGAGCCCUCUGUUGACGGCGAGCCCAAGAAUAAGCUUGUUAAGUGGGGGAAGAAGAAGCCAUCAGGCCUGCUUCCGGAAAACGAAAGAGCCAGACAGAGCCGCAAAGAGGAGAAGGGCAAAAGUAAUCGGGAUGAUAAGGCCGAGGUUUUGUACUACAGCCUGGAAAAAGGAAAUGUGGUUCCUCAGAUCAAACACAACCCUUGGAGUCUGCAGUGUCACCAGCAACACCUACAGAGGAUGAAGGAGAACUCCAAACACAGAAACCAGCACAAAUUUAUUCUGCUGGAGAAUCUAACGUGGCGGUACCGGGUUCCGUGCGUUCUCGAUCUGAAAAUGGGAACACGUCAGCAUGGGGACGAUGCCUCUGAAGAGAAGAAAGCAAAUCAGAUUCGUAAAUGCCAACAAAGCACUUCCUCUUCUAUUGGUGUACGCCUCUGUGGCAUGCAGGUGUAUCACAACGCUACCGGGCAGCUGAUAUUCAUGAAUAAGUAUCACGGGCGUAAGCUGAGUCUGGCCGGGUUCAAAGAGGCUCUGUGCCAGUUCUUCAGCGACGGCCGAGUUCUGCGCAGGGAACUUCUGACCCCAGUACUGCAAAGACUAAGAGAAAUGAGAGCGGUGCUGGAGGCCUGCGAGAGCUAUCGUUUCUUCUCUUCCUCUCUUCUCGUCAUCUACGACGGGGCUCCACCCCCUGCCCCAUCUCGAUCGCGGCCCUCACGUGGAGGAGAGGAGGAAGAUGAGGAGGAUGACGAUGAAGAUGAGGACGAUGACGAAGAGGGAGCCUACGGAGGGCGUCACGAUCACUCCAGCAGCGUUUCGCCGAUGGUGGAUGUUCGAAUGAUCGAUUUCGCCCACACAACGUGCCGCGAUUACGGAGAGGAUGGCAUCGUUCACGAGGGUGGAGACAGCGGCUACAUCUUCGGCCUACAGAAUCUCAUCAGCAUUCUGUCUCAGCUUGAGGAGCACAGCAACGACUAAACGCUUGUGCGACAUCUUACCGCGCAUCUGCCGUGCCAGGCUUACCGUGGGCACCCUGAACAUGCCAUCAGGGGUUAAAGUUCACGCUUAGCUCGCCCCGCUCUGCUUUUUCAAAGCCCUAGCGGGGAGCAGUUAUGUAGGCAAGGGUCAAAGGAAAAUCCUGAAUUCCUAGAAUCCUUCAGGAGCUGAAUGGACUGAACUGUUUUGUAAUUUCUCGCUGAGGUGAUGGAGUGCGGUCCUUCUCCACGCCUGUUGUUUCUGCUUGCCCUGAAUCGCAGAUGGGCGGCAGUAGAUGAGUUUCUGUGACAUCUCAUCUGCUCCUGUAUCUUUUGUUCCAUCAUCUAUAAAAGAUAAAAGAAAUAAGCUGUCGCUUGCAUUAAAAGAGACAUUUUAUACAAAGACGUUAGCAAAAACUGAUGUUCUACACACCUUUGAAGAGAGGUGGAUUUGUAGCAACCGUAGCACAAUCAUAAACUGAUAUGACAAGCAACUUAGCAACAUACACAAAGGUGCUUUAGAAAUACUAAGCAGGACCCUGCAGGACUCAAGGGAAGAGACUUACUCUGUACUUGUAGGGAAUGAUGGGUUUGUGGAAAAGGGAAUUUGCAUAGUCCUUUUCACAUUCCUUAUCAUAAAAGACUUUUUCUCUUGGACAUUUAAAUAUAUUUCAGUGUCUUGGAUCCUCUUCAUUCCAUAGCCAUGUGUUGAAGAUUAGCAUCCUCACUCCAGAGACUUUAAAGAGAACCCUAUUUAUUUAUAAGAAUAUUUCUAUCAGGCGUGAAUGGAAAUGUGACAUUCCAUCCUUUAGUUCUACCGUAUGUUGUAAGUGAUAUAGGUAGAGAAAUGAUUUUUAUGUCAUGGUUUUCUCUGUUUUUGACAUGAUGAAACAAAAUAAAGAGAAAUCUGUUUUGUUGUGGUA